CCGAAUAGUUGUCUAGUGAAUCCGUAUAUAAAGAGACUUAAAUGAAAACAUUGAGACUCACAGCUUUUGCAUUAACAGUUAGUUGUGUAUUGUAAGUUUCGGUUUGGAAUUUUUGUGCUUGCAAUUCCCAACAUACAAGCAUGGCAAAGGGUGGUGAAGCGUUUUUCAGGAAUGUGUUGGAGAGCAUUCAGGAAGUGUACUUGAAAAGGAAUCCUACUGCAAAAGCUGUAUUGGACCUUGUUCAAUCUGUUGACAACGACAAAUUGGUCUAUGAUCAUCUUGCAUUCAGGACGUUUGGGGUGAAUGGCUAUGGAAUUGAGUCCUUGGCUGGUUUUUUCCUGGAUAACGGCUAUACACAACGAGAUGAGUUGAAGUUUCCAGGAAAGAAGCUGAGAGCAUUCUGGUUCGCACCUCCUGCUGAUUCAUCUUCCGGAACUGGAAGUGGCAUGAGGGGGCCCUUGCCAAGAGUUUUCAUAUCAGAGCUAUUGGUGGAUCAGAUGAGUCCACAAACUCAGGAAAUCAUUAAGAAAUACACUGAAUCAUCUGGAAAUGGAAACAAGUACGGAGCUCUUGCAAGUUCCUUGGGACAUUUAACAUGGGAAAAACCUUUGUAUUCCGAGUUUCAACAAUUGGCAAGCGAAAGUGAGUAUGCGGCGUGGACAUUAGUCAAUGGACAUGCACUGAACCAUGUCACUAUUUCAGCUCAUCGCCUGAAAACUCAUUUGAAGGAUAUCAACAAACUGAAUGAGUUUCUUGAAAAGAGUGGAUUCAAAUUGAAUUCUGAAGGAGGAGUAUUGAAAGUGAGUCCUGACGGCCUUCUUCAGCAAAGUUCAACAGUAGCAGAUUCAGUUUCUUUCCAAUUCGCUGAUGGUGUAACUGAAUCAGUUCCAUGCUCGUACAUUGAAUUUGCCGAGCGUCUGGUGCUGCCAGAGUAUGAAAAUUUACCUCUCGCAGAGGUUAAAGAGUCUCAUAGGAGGGAUGGUUUUGAGGCAUCAAGUGCGGAUAAGAUCUUUGAAAGCACAUCAAAGGAACAACUGAGCCGAGUUUCGUCCUAGAAGGCUCAUCUCUGUCGUCUGUCUCUGUGUAAUGAUUUUUCAGAAUAACAACAUUUUGUAUUCUUUGUGUUUAGAUUUCAAGCACUUGGAAUAAUAUGUGUACUGCAUGAUUAAGUUGGGUUUAAUAAAUUAGCAACAAAAAAAAAGUAUUUGUUCACCUUU